GCGCAUGCGCAAGGCGUAGUAAACAGAAUACUGUCUAACGGGGUUCUGCAGCUGCAGUCUGCAAUACGGUGUUUUUGCUAUUGAUCGUGCUUACGGGACACGCUCCGGUUAACUGGUCAUUGUGUAACCGUAGCGAACAUCGCUUUGCUAAGACAUAAUCUGAUUUUUCUUUGUUCUAAGCAGUGUUAUUUGUUCUCAUUGCUGAGACCAGUUCCAUCCGGUUCCCGGCGCCUGCGCACUUAACCCGCACAGGAAGACUCCCUUUGCACUGACAGAACGGUCUGUGAGGCCCCCCUCCCCGGGAUAGCCUUUCGCAGUCCUCUGUGUACGUUGCCAAUCAGCAGAAUGGUGCAAAAAGAGGGUCAAGCAGCCGCCGCCAUUGUGGAUACGGACAAAGAAGCAAAUCCCAAUCCCCUGACACCUGAGAUCCCUACCGCUCCUACCGGGGAAGACACGGACACCGAGACGGAGACAUGCACUACCAGGAAGUUUCUGUGCGGCGUGGUUGAGGGGUUUUACGGAAGACCAUGGACAAUGGAACAACGAAAAGAGCUUUUUAGAAGGCUUCAAAAGUGGGGUCUUAAUACAUACCUCUACGCUCCAAAAGAUGACUACAAACACAGAAUGUUUUGGAGAGAAAUGUACUCGGUGGAAGAAGCUGAUCAGCUUAUGACUCUGAUUUCAGCUGCACAAGAAUUUGGGAUUGAGUUUAUCUAUGCCAUAUCACCGGGUCUUGACAUUACAUUCUCAAACCAAAAAGAAGUGGCAACAUUAAAACGCAAGCUGGACCAGGUUACCCAGUUCGGCUGCAAGUCCUUUGCUUUACUGUUUGAUGAUAUUGAUCACAACAUGUGCCCAGCAGACAAAGAGAUCUUCAGUUCUUUUGCUCAUGCUCAAGUUUCAAUAACAAAUGAAAUUUAUCAAUACUUGAGUGAACCAGAAACCUUCUUGUUCUGCCCAACAGAAUAUUGUGGAACCUUCUGCUUCCCGAAUGUUGCACAAUCUCCAUACUUGCGAACUGUUGGGGAGAAAUUGUUACCUGGUAUAGAAGUUCUGUGGACAGGCCCCAAGGUGGUUUCUAAAGACAUUCCUGUGGAAUCAAUUGAAGAAGUUUCAAAAAUUCUGAAAAGGGCACCACUUAUCUGGGACAAUAUACAUGCAAAUGAUUAUGAUCAAAAGAGACUUUUUCUUGGACCUUAUAAAGGACGCUCCACUGAGUUAAUACCAAGGCUUCAAGGAGUUCUCACUAACCCAAACUGCGAAUUUGAAUCUAAUUUUGUUGCAAUUCAUACCUUGGCCACGUGGUACAAGUCUAACAUGAAUGGCGUUAGAAAAGAUGUAGUAAUGACUGAUAGUGAAGACAGCACUGUGUCAAUACAAAUUAAAUUGGAGAAUGAAGGAAGUGAUGAAGAUCUUGAGACCGAUGUUUUGUACAGCCCCCAAAUGGCUCUUAAUUUAGCAUUAACAGACUGGCUGCAAGAGUUUGGGUUACCUCUUCAAUACAGCAGUCGGCAAGUGCCUCACAGUGGUGCUAAAUCGAGUGUUGUUGGGAUCUCUCCUUUAGUUGCUGCACCAACCCUAAAUGCAGCAACAACUGUUACUACGGUUUACCAACAGCCUAUUAUGAGUCAAAGCGCAGCACCGAGUGUUGACCCUCCUGUGCUAGUCAAGGAAGAAGACAAGAAGCAGCAAGAUGAAGAGCCAAUGGACAUGGUGGUAGAAAAAUUAGAUGAUGCUAGUAAGAAUGGUGGUCAGAUCUUAGCAGAUAUUGCCGAAGCUAAAAUGUCAGAGGAGUUGAAACCAAUGGACACCGAUAAAGAAAGUGUAGUUGAAGGAAAGUCCUUGGAAGCUUGCAUGCUGGAGGAUCCAAGUAGUGACAUAGCACCGAUGCAGACAGAUGAACAAUUUAAUAAAGAACAUUUUCUCCCUGGUCCAGAUGAAAAGCCUUUGUACAACGCUGAACCAGUCAGUUUGGAAGAUUUGCAGUUACUUGUUGAUUUGUUUUUUUUGCCUUAUGAACAUGGACCAAAAGGUGCUCAGAUGCUAAAGGAAUUUCAGUGGCUUCGUGCUAACAGCAGUGUUGUGAGUGUAAACUGCGCUGGCAAAGAUUCUUCAAAAAUUGAAGAAUGGCAGUCUCGUGCAUCCAAGUUCGAAGAGAUGUGUAAUGUGAUUAUGACAAUGUUUACACGGCUUUCCAAUUGCCCAAAUAGGACAAUCCUUUACGACUUGUACUCCUAUGUUUGGGACAUCAAGAGUAUCAUUUCAAUGGUUAAAUCAUUUGUUCAGUGGCUAGGGUGUCGUAGUCAAUCUUCAGCACAGUUCUUAAUUGGAGACCAAGAACCCUGGGCCUUUAGAGGAGGUCUAGCAGGAGAGUUCCAGCGUUUGCUUCCAAUUGAGGCAGCAAAUGACCUCUUUUUUCAGCCUCCUCCGCUGACUCCUACAUCAAAAGUCUAUACGAUAAGACCUUAUUAUCCAAAAGAUGAGGCUUCUGUAUACAAGAUUUGCAGGGAGAUGUAUGAUGAUGCAAUGGAUGACCAUCCAUUUGAAAGUCAACCUGACCUUGUUGGAGACAAGCUUGUUGGAGGGCUUUUGUCUCUCAGUCUCGACUACUGUUUUGUUUUGGAAGACGAGGAUGGUAUCUGUGGAUACGCUGUGGGUACAGUAGAUGUGACGCCAUUUAUCAAAAAAUUCAAAAGUUCCUGGAUUCCUUUCAUGCAAUCAAAGUAUAUAAAGCCAAAAUGUGACAAAGAGCUAUCAGCAGCAGAGGAUCUCGUGGGGCAUUUUGUGAAGUGAAGCCUGAUGAUAAAAGAAUCCUGGAUUUUUAUAGUAAAUUGGGAUGUUUUGAAAUUGCCAAAAUGGAAGGAUUUCCAAAAGAUAUUAUUAUUCUUGGAAGAAGUCUUUGAAAAUUCCCUUUAAAAAUGUCUGUACAGUUUUUGAAUGCUUGUAAAACAGGUUGUAUUUAUGAUAUCAUGUAAAACUGCCGAUUUUUUUCCAUUGGCCAUGUAUGUGAAAAUCUUCCUAUGCAUACCACACUUUAACAGAAUACUAAACAUUGUUUUGUUUUUGUUUUUUGUUUUUUUAUAAAGAAAAAAAAAAAAGUAAAACUCGUUUGGCUUGUAUGAUAUGCUGUUGGUAAUUUGCAUGGACUGUAAAUAAUUUUGGGAUGGGGGGGUUGUUCUCCAGGUAACAAUGUAGAACGAAAUGCUCUUGAACUGUCUAUAUAUAGUUUUUGAUCUAAUUGGGUAUUUUAUGUUUAAUUGCCUUCAUAUAUUAAAUAUUCAAUAUUGUUUUGCAAAGAUAUUAGAUAUUUUUCCAAUAUGAAAGUCAAAAAUAUUAAUUUUUUUCUUUUUAGGUUUCCCCCUAUAAUAAAUAUAUAUAUAUAUAUAUAUAUAUAUAUAUAUAUAUAUAUAUAUAUAUCACUUUUUAGUUAUUAAAGGAGAGUUGCAAGCAUAAGACCAUUGAUUUUUGAUGUCAUGUUUCUCAUAUUUUCUGUAAAUGUUUCUGUAGAAAACAUGUUUAUAUGCCGUCUUUAGUGUUUACUAUUUUGUAUAAAGUUGUUUUUGAUGUUCUGGAUGAAACACCUUUCAUUUAAGAUAAUUUUUCCAAGCCAGCUCUUCAACCCUGCCUUUGAUUUCACUUUACAUUGUGCCUCUUGCUUAUUGAUCCUUUUUAGCAAAAAGUCUUUAUAUUUCAUGUUUUUGUUUGUUAAUUAACUCUGAAGGGGCUUCACUUGUAACAGCAUGUGCCAAUUACACGGUUUGAUAAUGGCGACUACUGUGAAUAUGUAAGGAGUGAUAUAAACCAUUUUCAGGGUAAAUAAACACACUUUUGAGUUCCAUUCUGUAUUUUAGUUUUUAUCCAGUUAUCUUGUGCAAGGUUUUAUAAUCAUAGUAAAAUGUAGGUUUGUUUGGUUCAUUCUGCAGUUCAUAUCCGUUAAAAAGCACAAUUAGAGAUGCCAUAAAUUACACAGUCUGUGCUGCUUUUUUUUGGCAUCAGGAAGUCUAAAAUAAAGGAAGCGCAUAUAGCAGUAUUGUUGUCAUUUGGAUAAAUAUAUUCUUGGUUUAGACGGUUACAUGUGUAAUAACUAGCUUUUGGCUCUGUUCCUGUACUCUUGCAAUUAGAAAGGCAAAUUGCUAGUGUUUCCAAAAUGGGUGCUCGUUUUUGUGUCUCUGGAGUAAGGAGAUGGUUAGUGCUGUGAACUUAACUAAUCAUACAUAUUUUAUUUUAUAUUUUUUUUGUAAGAAAUAAAGUAGUUUCUUUUUAUGACCCAUUUUCCCCAUUAUCAAAUAGUGCCCAAUGAUCUUGCAUGUUUGUAGCUCUGUAUAAGCUUUACUUCCCUUUUGUCUUUGUGGAGCUGACUGGUUGUUUUACAUGGUGCAUAAUUUUGGCGCUUUGCUUGUAUCAAGAGCUACUUGAAGCUGUUGGGGGGGAUUAUACUUUGCACGUUAUACUGCAUUUCUAUUCAUAUAAACUUUGCAAAAUUCAGCAGCUCUACAAAAACAAAAUUCCAAGUAGUGGCCAAACAUUAAUUCAAGUUGUUCCGCAUUCCUUUUUUUCUUACUUUCUUUUUUUUCUCAAUGAGAGGAUAAGUUGGUUGGAUAAGUCCUAAUUGGGGUGCCUUGCAUCAAAGCUAAAGUGCUAACUUGGAUUACUUUAAUUGUACUCAAAGCUUUUAAAUGAUGCAUUACUUUCUUGAUGUGGAAAUAGCUCUAACAGAGAAGGUUGUGUACUAGCUACCUAUAUGCAUGUUCUGAAGGUUUUUAGCUUUCUGAUCACUGACCAUUGUAUCUGUGGGAGGAUGUGGUAUGGAUAAACUGCAAUGCAAGAUUAAUACCGUUAUUUAGCAAUCCAUUUUUAAUUCAGUAUAAUAAAACUGAUAUGGACAUAGAGGCUUCAAUUGGCAGAUAAGAACGUUGUAAUUAUAUGUGCGUAUACAUUUGUUGUAGGCAAUAUGGCUUGUGUCUGUUAUACAGCAAACGAAAAGUUUAAACUUCUACAGUAUGUUGCACACUUUUGUAGAUUUUUUUUUAUAAUAAAAGUAUUGAAAAACA